CCGAAUUGAAAGACAACAGCGCGGUUCAAUCCGCCUCCUGUCGUCAACUUAGCGCUUGUGCUUUGCCUCUUGUAUACCUGCAGCAUGCCUCCCAAGACAGGCGGAGUCACCAAACCGCAACGCGCGUCGCGUCGGAAGAUCGCUCUCGCCUGCGAUGUUUGCCGAGAGAAGAAGACUCGGUGCGAUGGCGUGAAACCCACAUGUGGUCCAUGCCUACGACGUCCCCAUGGCGCUCGCGAGUGCGUGUAUACAAUGGAUAACGCCAGAACCGCGAGUCAAGAUGAGUACAUGCGCGCGCUGCACUCACGGAUUCAGGAACUUGAGAAUGUCUGCGCUCGAGCUGGGGUGUCAUUAUCUGCAAUGGGAGAAAGUGUUUCAGGCGCGAAUCCUCCCGCAGGACAACAGCAACAUGAGCAUCAGUCUCCAGCGUCAUCCCGAGAGGUUGAAGGGGCACAGGGAACCAUCGACCGGCUGGGCAACACAGAUCAACCAACUAGUGCCCUUCAAGAUGUACUAUCCACCGCCAAUGUGAAUGAGACGGUACAAUAUCACGAUCCACAAGAAAUGGUCGCUUCGGAAGCCCCCAGUUCUGCAUCGCCGCAUUACGAAAGCCCUGGUCAUGUUACGGGAAUGGGCCAGAUAUCCGCGCCGGACAGAUUCUCGCGUACGCCUGUGUCUGUACCUGCUAAAGAGUACUAUGGGUCCCCCUCCACUGCCUCACUCAUGCGCUUCGCGCGGAUGACUCUACCCCCGCGUUCAUCAGGGACGAUGGGCGCAGACUCGGGAGGCACUCCCACUUAUGAAUUCCAGGAGUCUCCGAAUACCUGUUAUCGACCUGAUGACUAUACACUACCCCCUCGUUCGGUGGCUGACCAGCUACUCGAAUGCUAUUGGGACCGGGUAGCCUGUAUAUACCCCUUUUUUGACCAGUCCAGUUUUGAACUGGCGUAUCAGAAUCUCUGGAAGUCUGAGAAAGAACCCAUGAAUCCAUUGUCGAAACUUAACAUCGGCUUAGGUGGGCAGUUCGAUUCGGGUCCCAGAUCGAUAGUGUUUCAUGCGGCCUUGAACGCCAUGUUCGCGCUGGCCUGUCAUUUCGCGGAGAUCCCAAUUCAAGAACGAGAGUCAACUGCCCACUCCUUCUUCCUGCGCAGCAAACGAUUUAUUGGUCUAGACAUUCUGGAGCAUAACACGAUCGGGGUAGUCCAGACGCUUCUGCUCACCGCCCUGUAUCUACAGAGCACUCCGUACCCCAGUCGAUGCUGGAAUGCGAUCGGCUUGGCAUGUCGAAUAGCGCAGGGGCUGGGCCUGCACAAAAAUGACAGUCGCUUUCCAUGCACUUCGUUGGAAGGCGAUGUACGCCGGCGAACAUGGCAUGGUUGUGUAAUGCUCGACAUUCUAGUCAGCAUGACACAUGGCCGACCCAGCAUGACUAGUCAUCUCGCCUUUCUAUCACUGCCACGUCCUUUAGAUGCUUCUUGCUCACCCGAACGCGACGUAACACGAUCGGAAAUGAGCUUCUAUGUCGUGUCAAUUCAACUGCAUCAGAUUCUCGGCAAGAUCCUCUCCGAUGUAUAUAAUACAUCGAACAGCCAAUCGGAGGAGGACUCUACCCCAUCCGAUCCAUCGAAAGACUUGAACAUAGAUAAUGUGAUCGAGCUGGAGAAACAGCUUCAUACCUACAAGGCUAGUCUACCAUCAUAUCUCAACUGGACUGUACUAGGAUCGACAUGUGGCGCCACAGAGCCUUCCCCGAUCUUAGAACGGCAGCGGAAUGUCCUCCACGUACGGUACUGCCAUAUCCGCCUCCUGCUAUACCGACGAAUCUUUACUCAGUGCUACUCAGAGGUGGCUCAACACAGUCCUCAUGGCGAUAAGAGUGGUCCUGGCCGUGCCUCGGCCACGAAAAAUACCGAUAAUGCACUUUACUCUUGCAUUGCGGAUAAAUGUGCCGAGACCUGCAUUUUGACUGCAGUUGAUCUUAUUCAAGCGGUAUAUGACACCUGCUGGACUACAUUUACAGGUGCAUGGUGGUACAAUGGCUUUUAUACAACCACUGCUGCACUUGUCUUGGUCAUGUCCUAUUCAAUGCCAUCCCUGCUGCAGUCGGUAGGCCCCUCCUUGAUCCAAGAAAGCUGGGCCAAGUGUGAGAGAAUCCUGGGAGACAUGGCGAAUUACAGCCAUUCGGCGCGAACUUCUCUCCACUUCCUGCAGACCACCUUUAACCAAGUCGCCAGCCGCCGUCAGCCAUCUCCCGAACCGAGUGUGACUGCAGCCGGCGACACAAGUAUAAUCUUCGCAGAGCCUUGCACUACCACUAUCCAUCGAGAUAUGGGCUUGCCUGGCUCGGAGCAAAUAGCAGGGAUCUCUUUGACUUCGAACCUGCCUUCAUACUCGGCCGAUGACAAUCUGAGUGCACAAAACCUUGGUCUCUUUUCGUGGGUGGAUAUCCCAGACUUGCCGCCGUGGCUGGGGAGUAGCGAAUUCUGGUCGGGGGAUCCAAGCCAGUGAGAUUGUUAUGGCAGCGCUCGCUCAGCAUUGACCUUCUUCACCCGUCGCCGGCUUGACACCGUCACAAUACACGGUUACAAAGAACCGGAAAGUACCCGG